AUGGCUCCAGCUGCCGUGCCCACGUCUGUGGACGAGCUUCCCUCGAAAGAAGAAGUCAAGGAACAAGUCAAAGAGUCAGCCAAGGGCGCUGUAUCUGGCCUGAGGUCUCUAGCCGCGGGAGGGGUGGGGGGCAUUUGCGCCGUUGUUGUCGGACAUCCUUUUGAUCUGGUCAAAGUCCGUCUACAGACGGCGGACAAGGGCGUUUACACUGGCGCCUUUGACGUGGUGAAGAAGACAAUUGCAAGAGAAGGAAUCGCGCGUGGCCUCUAUGCCGGGGUCUCCGCGCCGCUUGUGGGCGUUACCCCCAUGUUUGCAGUCAGCUUCUGGGGCUAUGACAUGGGAAAGCUACUUGUCGACACCUUCGCCACAGUGCCGGUUGUGAACAACACCCCCCAGUACAGCAUUGGCCAGAUCUCGGCUGCAGGUUUCUUCUCCGCUAUUCCAAUGACGUUGAUCACGGCACCCUUUGAACGCGUCAAAGUCUUGCUUCAGAUCCAGGGUCAGAAACAACUCGCCCCGGGGGAGAAGCCGAAAUACAAGGGCGGCAUCGAUGUUGUCAGACAGCUCUACAAGGAGGGCGGGAUUCGCUCCGUCUUUCGAGGCAGCGCGAUGACUCUGGCCCGCGACGGUCCUGGUUCAGCCGCCUACUUUGCAGUCUACGAAUAUGUCAAGCGCGGUCUGAGUCCCAAGGACAAAGACGGCAACGCCACAGGCGAACUGAGUCUACCCGCGGUCAUGACAGCUGGCGGCGCUGCCGGUGUAGCUAUGUGGAUCCCAGUCUUCCCAAUCGAUACCAUCAAGUCGCGGCUACAGUCAGCAGAGGGACGGCCGACCAUAGGUGGUACUAUAAGCGGUGUUUACAGAAGCGGAGGCAUCAAGGCUUUCUUCCCUGGUUUUGGCCCUGCGCUGGCCAGAGCGGUUCCGGCCAAUGCUGCCACCUUUGUCGGCGUGGAACUGGCACACAAAGCGUUCACUAAGUUUUUCGACUAA